AUGGGCGAUUCCAAGGAGUUUGCUGGGGAGCUUUUUGUCACCUUAGCAAGACGGAGGAACCUGGAACCAGAGAAUGGAAUUACAAAAGAUAAAUUAAAGGAGUUCUGGGAAGAGAUGACAGAUCAAAACUUUGAUUCCUCCCUACGGAUAUUCUUCGACAUGUGCGACAAGAAUGGUGAUGGAAAACUUACAGAAGAUGAGGUGAAAGAGGUCAUCAUUUUGAGCGCCUCAGCAAACAAACUUGCAACAUUGAAGGGGCACGCUGCAACCUAUGCUGCCCUCAUAAUGGAGGAACUAGAUCCUGACCAUCUUGGCUAUAUUGAGAUAAAAGAGAGUGAUACUUACCAUUAUCGAUCACUUCACCAGAUUUGGCAGCUUGAAACAUUGCUGCGAGGGAUGGUGAACUCACAGGGAAACGAGAAAAUAGUCAAAUGUAGUCGUAGCGUUGCAAGAACAAUGAUACCAAAGUGGUACAGAAACCCAAUCAACAGAAGUGUCGGCAAGACAGCAGAUUUCAUUCAUGAGAACUGGAAGAGGAUAUGGGUUCUUUCGCUAUGGCUGGCACUGAACAUAGAACUAUUUCUAUGGAAAUUCUUCCAGUACAGGAGGAGAUCAGCAUAUGAAGUGAUGGGCUAUUGUGUCUGUGUAGCCAAGGGUGCAGCAGAGACCCUGAAACUGAACAUGGCACUCAUUCUCCUUCCCGUUUGUCGAAACACUCUUACAAGGCUCAGAUCAACGGCAUUUAGUUCAGUCAUCCCGUUUGAUGACAACAUUAACUUCCACAAGACAAUUGCAUUGGCCAUCACAAUUGGGAUUGUUAUCCAUACAAUUGCUCAUGUAGCAUGUGAUUUUCCAAGAUUAAUCACAUGCCCAAAGCCAAAAUUAAUUAAUUUAUUAGGACCCAGUUUCAGCUAUCAGCAACCCCCAUAUUUAACUCUAUUAUCCAGCGCUCCAGGGGUCACUGGUGUCCUCAUGGUCAUCAUAAUGAUAUUCUCUUUCACCCUAGCAACACAUUCUUUCAGGAGAAGUGUGGUGAAGUUGCCAUCACCUCUGCACCAUUUGGCUGGAUUCAAUGCAUUUUGGUAUGCGCACCAUCUUCUGGUGCUUGUGUAUGUCCUCCUUCUUGUGCAUUCCUACUUCAUUUAUCUCACUAGGGAAUGGUACAAGAAGACGGUAGGGCCAUGCCUUCUCUGUGGUACACAAAUAUCCCCAUCAUUAUCAGCAAACAUCAAUGAUAUGAAGCAAAAAUCUAAUGUUUGUGCAGACAUGGAUGUACCUAUCAAUUCCAGUCCUCUUUUAUGCCUGUGAAAGACUAAUCAGAAAAUUUCGUGAG